GCGUCGGAGCGCAGUUCGGAGCCGGCAUCGCCCCGCAGAUGCAGCAGAACAUCUUUCAGUAUUCGGGAUCAGGGAUGGGUCAGCAGAGCGAACCUGCCUUUGCCCCCUCGCUCAGCCCCAGCAGCCCCUUGAUGUCCCCCCAGCUCCCUCCUUCCCAGAGUCCCAUGCUGCAGCCGGCACCGCCGGCACCCGGAUACCAGUCUCCGGACAUGAAGACCUGGCAACAAGGAGCCAUGGGGAAUAACAAUGUGUUCAGCCAAGCGGGACAGAGCCAAGGGGCACCGGCACAGCAGGGAAUGUACAACAACAUGAGCAUCACCGUGUCCAUGGCAGGAGGAAACACCAACGUCCAGAACAUGAACCCCAUGGCUGGACAGAUGCAGAUGAACUCGCUGCAGAUGCCUGGGAUGAACUCCAUGUGCUCGGAGCAGGUCACCGACCCAGCGCUGAGACCCACAGGCCUCUACUGCAACCAGCUCUCCUCCACUGACCUGCUGAAAACAGAAGCAGAUGGGGCGCAG